AUAGUCUGCUUGCAGGCAGUGCCUCGCAGUCACUGGUCACAUACAGAGGACUGGUGAGGUAUGUGACGUCUGUAUGAUUUCACACAUGGCCUGGCUUUUACAAUAAUAACAAAUCAAGUUGAUGUCUUAAUUGCUACUCUGAUACAGAGGAACUAGCAACGUAGUGGUUGUCUGACACUGUGAUCCAGGUCUGAAGGGCGCAACCUAUUUUGUGUGCUGUAGUCUGGUCAUCUCCUCUGUGGCACUGGGACUAAUAAAGCCCAUGCAGCUCUAGUGGUCGACAUGCAGCUGUACUGUGGGUGGUUUUGCCCUUGACAGCCUUCCUGAGAUGGCAGACUGGGCACCGUUUCACAUCCUUUUUCUUCUAUCUUUGAAGCCGCAAUGCUUUGCUUGCUUCUGAGACACAGUUGCAAGCUAGCGACAAAACCAGUUCUCUAGCAUAGUGGAGCGGGUUUGGAUGUAACACCGAUGUUGAGAGAGAUGGUGACACGUGUUGAGAAGAACCUGACAAACAUCGAGCAGAAUGACGCACAGCUUUUAUGUACAAGGUCCACCUGGAGUUGCCCAGCAUGACUCACUUCCCCAUAACCUAUAGCGUCUGCUCGCUGUGUUUCAUGAAGUCUGAUUGCACCCAGAUUCUAAAUGGCUUCUAAGAAGUUGGGAUCCGACUCUCAUGGGCCUUUCAGUUAUCUUGAUGAUGUCCCAUUUAAGAUAGGAGACAAAUUCAAGACCCCAGCGAAGGUUGGAUUACCCAUUGGUUUCUGCCUGCCUGAUUCUUCUCAGCUUGUCAGAGAAGCCCAGUAUGACUUCUCACUGGAAAAGAAAACAAUUGAGUGGGCUGAAGAUAUCAAAAAAAUUCAAGCUGCCCAGAGAGAAGCUGAACGCAAGGCAGAAGAAGCGCUAGCAAACUCAAAAGCAGCUCCAGAGGACAGCAACAAAAUGGGGUUCUCAGAGGGACCCUGCCCUGAGGCCAUGCCUCCUCCUAUCAACCCCAUCCUUGCUAGCCUGCAGCACAAUAAUAUUCUUACUCCCACGCCGGCCAACAGUAGCGCUGUGAAGCAAAAAGUUCUCAGUCCACCUCGUCCAAAAGCAGACUUCAACCCAGCUGAUUUUGAAUGUGAAGAAGACCCAUUUGACAAACUGGAAUUAAAAACUAUCGAUGAUAAGGAGGAAUUAAAGAAUAUUCUUGAAAUUCAUGUUGGUACUACUGGGCCAAUUGUUGCCCAGCUGUUGGAUAAUACUUUGCCCAAAGGAGGGUCUGAGUCUGUGUUGCAAGAUGAGGAAGUUCUGGCCUCCAUAGAAAGGGCCACGUUGGACUUCAAGCCCCUUCACAAACCCAAUGGCUUUAUCACUUUACCGCAGCUGGGAAACUGUGAAAAGAUGUCCUUGUCUUCCAAAGUGUCCCUGUCCCCUAUCACUUCAGUGAGCAAUAUCAAAUCCCUAUCCUUUCCUAAACUUGACUCCGAUGAGAGUGAUCAAAAAUCAUCAAAGCUCACAAGCACUUUCCGCAGCACCUCCUGUCUCCGCAAUGGCACUUUGCUCAGCUCUUUGCAGGCCUGUGCUCAGAGUAAAGCUAGUGAACUGAACGGACACCACAUGGUUGGUCUUUCCGCUCUAAAUGAGGACAAUGGCAUGGAGACAUCAAUGUUAUCCUCUUCAUCCAGACUGCCUUCCCUGGCCGUGUCGACAGUUUGUACAGAAGAAGAAUCAUCUCAAAGCACAGCGACUACGCAGGUACACCCAGACUACAAGGAAACAGAAAUCCCUGUGGUAACACACCAAAACUUUCCAGUAUCUAAAGUGCCCAAUAACACCAGCUGCACCAAGUGGUCGGGUGGCCCCGCUCCUGAACUACAGCAGGUCCUCUCCGCUAGCGAGAGGCAGUGCAUAGAGACGGUCGUCAACAUGGGCUAUUCGCCCGAGAACGUCCUGAAAGCCAUGAAGAAGAAGGGACAGAACAUAGACCAGGUUUUGGAUUACCUGUUUGCACAUGGACAGCUUUGUGAGAAGGGCUUUGAUCCGCUUCUUGUUGAAGCAGCUUUGGAAAUGCACCAGUGUUCAGAGGAGAAGAUCACAGAACUUCUCCAACUAAUGAGUCAAUUUAAAGAAAUGGGAUUUGAACUAAAAGACAUUAAGGAGGUCUUAUUAUUACAUAACAACGACCAACACAAUGCUUUGGAAGAUCUAAUGGCCCGUGCAGGAGCCAGCUGAAAACACAUUCCUGGAUUCUUGGCGUGCAACGGAGCAGGACCAGCCCCGCCACCUUCACAUCCAGUGUGACUUGCUCUCGGCAAGAAGGAGUACGGCUUUUCGCAUACAUGGGAGAGUGACUGAACAAGCCCACCCGCGUGCAUCACUCCAGCAUUUCUCUUUCCACCGAGAGCCAACUUUAUUUCUUAAAUUAAAUUUUUAAAGUGUCCUUUCCUAAGUUUCCUUUUUCCAGCUUGGCCACGGAAAGUUUAGACUGCCCAACCUCUACUGGAAUUGUACAUAGGUAGAGACAGGAGUGCUUUCCCCCCCUCACUGUUGCACUGGAGUUGGACAGAAGAAUACUAAGUUGGUUCUGAAACUAGGAUGCUUUGGUUCUUUGAAGCUGCUUUCAUGGUGUCUGCUUGUACUGAAUUACUUGACUGUAUCACAGUCCAGAUUAACUGGUUAAAUUUGACCCUUAGUGCAAUGGAGUUUUAUUUUUUGGUUGAAAGUUAGUCUGUAACUUAGUAAAACACUGGUUCGGAAACUGUCGCUAUGCAUAAAGAAAGAAGCUGUUCCUCUUGUGGUUUGUUUGGUUUGGUUUUUUUUUUCCUUUUUACCCAUGCAUCCAACACUUCUGCCAGACAUGAGCGUGCAAUCCGAGUGGUGUGUAAGUUCUCUUGAAAAAUGGUAAGCUGUGAACUCCACCUGGACCUGCAGCUUGUGUUGGUUCUUGCACCUGAAGGCAGAGAGCUGGGGCUCAGUAUUCUUAAUUGCCCGGGCUUGUAGGAUAUUUAAGACAAUGCCCUGUUAGGAAAUCAGUUAUCUUCUUGUUUUAAAUAAUACUCAGUGUGAUGCAGGAGGUUUCUUUCAAGCACUUUCUUUAAAACAAAUAUACUCACUGCAUUAGUUCCAUUUUUCACACUGCUAUAGAACUACAUAAUAACAUCUAGUACUAGAAAUCAGGUUUUGAGUUGGUUUUGAUAGUUCAAAGUAUUACGUUGUACAUUGUUCAAAUUCUAAAUACAUAAAGUAUCAGCAUUCUUGAGGAAUCUUUAAAGUAAUUUGCUAAAUAUUUUGAUUCUGCAGAAGAACUAAUAAAACCCUCAAAUAUAA